UCCCACUUCAUUGCCACAGUGUCCACUGUUCCUGGCAAAGAAAUAAUCCCAUUCUCUAUUGCGAUUCUCUCCAUUUCUCUCACACAUCGUGCCUCCUAUCCACCCUCAUUGCCCAUCCGAGACCAUCUUGAAGAAGAAAAUCACAAUCCAAUGGCAUGCAUAGACACGUACAACUCCGACCAGCCGCAGUACAAGGGCGUGCCUAUGAGCCCACGGAUCUCCUUCUCCAACGACUUUGUCGACCUGAACCUCUCAACGAAGCAAGAUGCAACGAGGAAUCCUAGAUCAGAAGCAGCAGCAGCCGCUUCAACAGACUUUGAGUUCUUCUCACCGUCGUCGUCAUCGUCGUCGGUCGCAGGCUUCUCCAUGAUAAGCGCUGAUGAGCUCUUCUUCAAGGGAAGGCUGUUGCCUCUCAAGAACGCGAUAUUCCCAAAGACGGCGACGGCGGUGGUGACUCUGCGGGAUGAGCUUCUGACGAAUGAGGAUGAAGAUGAUGACAGUGCAUUUGUGAAACCACCAAAGGGGUCAAGCACAAGGUGGAGGGGGAUUCUGGGCCUGAAGAAGACGACCCACACUGCGUCCAAGAGAUCGGUUGAGACAAUCAGUGAUGAGAAAUUUGUUGAGUUUGAAUUCAACAGUGAUAAGUGUGAUCUGGCCUCAGAUGAUCAUAACACUAUCGCUCCUGGCAAGGCAUCACCGGAAGCGAUGAAUCAUGGAGCGUCGGACCGCAGAGACACUGAGUUGGUAUUGUAGGAGAUUCAACCGGUGUGGUUGGGUUGCCUUGUGUUUUGGUGGUGUGAUUCACUGCUCGUUGUGAAGUUAGUGUAAGUUCAUGUUUGGACAAGAUUCAAGAUGUCAAUGUUUGGAUCAUCCCGGUCGCAUUAGCACUUUGAGGUGGUCUUUUCUUUUCUUUUUCCUCCAUUUGUUUUGGGGCCUUAGUUUUCCUCUUCCACUUGAGUGGAGAUGUGCCGAUGUAAAUUAUCUCUUUAUUUUGUCAUUGAAUGUGCAAAUCUGAUUACUGUGAAAAGCACAAGCUGUUAAAAAUAGAAGG